AUGUCCUCUCCACCACCAAUCCAGCCCGACUUCGCCGAUCGAACCGACUUCGAGAAUGCCACCCGAGGCUUCGUUGCCGGGAUCGAGCCAUGCAUCAUCCGCAGCUCGGACGGGCGGAUUGUCUACAACAAUGAGGCGUACGCCUUCCUACGCAACUCCGAAUGCCCGGAGACGGCCAAUCCGAAGCUCUGGCGCCAGGGUCAACUGGCCUCCGUGCAGGGACUCUUCGAAGUGACGCCAGGGAUCUACCAAGUUCGCGGGUUCGAUUUGGCGAAUAUGACCAUUGUCGAGGGCCACAAGGGCGUGAUCGUCAUCGAUCCUCUGACCUCGGUGGAAUGCGCCCACGCCGCGUUGACUUUAUAUCGGAGCCACCGCGGGGACCGACCGGUGACCGGAGUGAUCUACUCACACUCGCACAUUGACCAUUUCGGCGGCGCUCGCGGGGUCAUCACGUCGCCAGAUGAGGCGAGGACGUUGCCUAUCCUCGCGCCUGAGGGGUUCAUGGAGGAAGCGACGAGUGAGAACAUCUAUGUGGGAGCGGCGAUGCGUCGGCGGGCGGCCUUCAUGUACGGGACGCGGCUGCCCAAGAGUCCCGAGGGACAGAUUGGCUGCGGCAUUGGGAUGGCGGUUUCGACGGGAACGCCCUCGCUGAUCCCGCCGAACCAGCACAUCACCGCAACCGGGGAGGAGAGGGUCGUCGAUGGGGUGCGCAUCCGCUUCCAGCUCGUCCCGGAGACGGAGGCGCCGUCGGAGAUGAACUUCUUCUUCCCGGAUCAUCGGGCGCUGUACAUCGCGGAGUGCGCCACACAUUCUUUGCAUAACAUCAUCACCCUGAGGGGGGCGCUCGUCCGGGAUGCGAAGGCAUGGGCGCGGUAUCUGGACGAGUCGCUUGUCUUGUUCGGGGAGCAAUCCGACGUGUUGUGCGCGGGCCAUAACUGGCCGACCUGGGGUCGGAGGGAGAUCCAGCAACUGAUCACGGAGCAACGAGAUUUGUAUGGAUAUCUUCAUGAUCAGACCGUCCGGAUGAUGAACACAGGUCUGACGGGGAUCGAGAUCGCCGAGACCCUGGCUCUCCCGCCCGCGCUGCAGCGAGCCUGGCAUGCACAAGGGUUUUACGGGUCCGUCAGCCACAAUGUCAAAGGUAUCUAUCAGCGUUACAUGGGGUGGUUCGACGGCAACCCGGCCCAUCUCUGGGAGCAUCCGCCCGUGGAAAAUGCAAGACGUUAUGUCGACUGCAUGGGCGGAAUCGAGGCGGUGGUUCAGAAAGCUGAGACGUACGCGCGGGAGGGAGAUCUUCGUUUCGCCGCUACGCUCUUGGGACAUGCGGUCGCGCUGGAUCCGACACAUGAACUGGCCCGAUUGGCUUUGGCUUCCGUGUUCAAGCGCCUCGGUUACGGGGCGGAGAACUCGACGUGGAGGAAUUUCUACCUCACCGGGGCGCUGGACCUCCGCCAGGGAGGAGGCGAUUCCCAGCGCCACAGUCCGGGGCUGGCGGCUCGGGAGCUAAACCCCCAUCAGUCGGUGGAGCAGUGGCUGAGUCUACUCUCCGUCCGACUCCAUGGGCCUCGGGCUGCAUCGGAGUCCUUGGUCAUGGAUUUUCACGUGAAAGACAUAGGGAGCUGGUGGAGGUUGAUUGUGAGCAAUGGCGUGUUGACCAGCCGGGUCACUACCGAACAAGCGAAAUCAGAGACUGCCGGUUUCACAAUGUUUGUCACAAAGCAGCAGCUGGGCGCCGUUCUUAGCGGCAAAGAUCUUAAGGAGCUCAACUACGAAGGGGAGCUUCAAUUGCUGUCGAGGUUUUUGGAUUUGACAGCAUAA